AUGCCUAGGUAUACGAAGUUCUUAAAGGAGAUCCUUAGCAACAAAAGAAAGUUUGAGGACUUGGCAUUCGUGAUGCUAAACGAGGAAUAUUCAAUGAUUUUCCAAAACAAGUUACUAGAAAAGCAACAUGAUCCAGGGAGUUUUACUAUCCCUUAUGUUAUAGGUGACUUAACUAUUAGUGAUGCUUUAGCUAAUUUAGGAGCUAGCAUUAAUGUAAUACCGUCCAACCUGUUUGCUAAGUUGGGGCUAGGUGAGACUAAAUCCACUAGGAUAAGCAUACAGUUAGAUGAUAGGUCAAUCAAGUAUCCUAGGGGUGUUGUAGAGAAUGUGCUUGUUAAGGUGGAUAAAUUCAUAUUUUCUAUUGACUUUGUGAUCUUAGACAUGGAUGAUCACGAUGAUGCUAUGUAUUCUAUUAAUGUACUUGAUGAUGGUGUUAAGACACAGUUGCAGGAAAUGUUGGUUGAAAACCCUCUACAAGUUACUUUACCAAUGGAAGAUGAGCAUGAGUUGUCAAAUGAGAAAAAGUUGAGGCCAUCAAUUGAGGAACCACCAGUUCUUGAGUUGAAAGAGCUCCCAAAGCAUAUCGACUAUGCAUAUCGAGACAAUGGCAACAGUUUGCCUGAUAUUUCGGUAGCAAACUUGACACUCGAGUUUCAUAUGCCAUUUGAGUAUAUUCCACCUCUAGUAGUUGAUGAUGCACCUCAUCCAGUACCUCCACCACCGCCACCAGCCCAGCAGGAUGAGUAG